AUGAUCUUCAGCACACGAGAUGGGUCAAUCCCGGGGGCCUCAUGGGCGUGGAAAAAGCUGCUGCGGUUCGGUGUCGCCUUUCUGGUCAUCAUAGGAUUCAUCACUAUGCUAUGGCCGUCCGCGGAACCUAUCAAAUUGCCACUGACAACUGUUUCCAACAUCACCGUCUCUCCCGAUGUCGCCUGUGAACUGGACUACGAUCUGCUCAGCCGGCUCGAUGUUCUCAAAGUCGCCCAGUACACCCGCCGCGAAAUCGUGAUUGACGUGACGGACGAACCAGUACCAUACACCCGGCGGCUCGAGCAGCCGCUGUUGGGCGUGAAGAAGGGCACAGAGGGCGCCGCAGAUGGGUGCUCGAUACCCACCCCAGUCGCCCUCACAGUGCCCAGACCCCCGAAGAUGCCGGUCGCUUCACACAUCGACUUCGGAGUCGCGACCAGCGUCGAGAGAUUGAACGAGUCUCUCGAUGCGUUCGCGCACUGGGCGGGGUACACCAAAGCCCGCAUCUUUGCGCUGAUCGAGACCGACAGAUCAGACAACGGAAUCCGCGAUGUUAAGGCGAAGGCCGAAAACAUGGGUGUUGACCUGUUCAUCACCGAGUCCGACGACGACUACCUGCACCGAUACUUUGCCCUCAUCCCCCUUCUAGAAGCCAAUGCACGGGAAUCUACCCGCUGGGGCUGCGUCAUUGACGACGACACAUUCUUCCUCUCCAUGGCAAGCCUGGUCGAAGCGCUGGACAAGUACGACCACACCAAGUCCAUGUACAUCGGUGGACUAUCCGAGUCCAUCCCGCAGAUCGCGAAUUUCGGCAUGAUCGGAUUCGGAGGCGCAGGCGUCUUCCUAUCACGACCUCUGUUGAAAGAGAUCACCAACGUCUAUGACGAAUGCUCCGCCAUGGAUUUCACCGGUGACCGCCGCAUCGCCAUCUGCGUCUACCGCUACACCCAAACCCGCUUAACCGUCGACCAUCGUCUCCGCCAGCUCGACCUGAUGAACGACGCAUCGGGCUUCUUCGAAUCCGGCCGCGAGCCUCCCCUCACAGUCCAUCACUGGAAAUCCUGGUUCCACGCCGACAUGCCCAAACUUUCCGUCAUUGCGGAGUUGUGCGGUGACACCUGUCUCCUCCGCCAGUGGCACUUUGGCGACGGCUGGAUCCUAACCAACGGAUUCUCCGUCAUCAAGUACCACUACGAUCCCGAGGAGGGUAGUCUUGCGAUGGAGCAGACGUGGGAGGCCCACAAUGGAGCCAAUGACGAAUCCUACCUCCACGAGCUUGGUCCUCUCCGUCGCAAGGACGAGGACAAGAAGAGCUUCCGUCUUCAAGAUGCCGUGAUCGAAGAGAACGGCCGCGUCACGCAGUGGUAUGUGAUGCGGGACCCGAAGUCCGGGGAUGAAAUCUUGGAGCUCUCGUGGCGCAAGAGGUAA